AUUUGUUGCUGCAUACAUACAUAGUUGGCAGACGGUGACAUAACCUUGCGCCACAUUGCGAAAAACUGAUAUGUCUGAGGCUCUUCGGUUCGGUGUUUUCGCCAGACGAAACUGUGAGUGCGACCAGUUUGUGGGGUACAGCAUCGAAAUCAUCACAGAUGUCGCGUAUCGUCCCACAAGAAAGCACACAGAGGCUCACAGGGCUCUGGAACUGCUGGAAGAUUACCACGCCAAGCUGACGAGGCCCCAGGACAAACAGCUCCGAUUGGCCAUCGAGCGUGUCAUCCGUAUCUUCAAAAGCAGACUCUUCCAGGCGUUGCUGGGUAAGAAGUUGAAAUUAUUAACCUGUGUGACCUCGUUCGGGAGUCUCAAUUUUAUGUGAGUUUUAUCAUUUUUAUUCUACUCUAAUUCUUUCGUUGCUCCUACAACACGACUACAUUAUUGACUUCUGUGAAUUUUAUACACGUCUACGAAAUUAACAUUUACGAUUUAAUAUCUUUAAUAUUACCUACCUCACAAAUAUCCACAUCUUCACCAAAAUUUUCACAAACAUUUCUCGAAAAAUAAGCUCUCAAUAUUCCUCGUAAAUAUUCCUAUCAAUUAUUUAGUAUCCCCCCAAAAACCUACCUUUUUUUACGCUAAAAUUUCUGUUUCAUAGCACGCCGCGAGAAAUGUCAUAAUCUCGGUACAGACGUUCCGCGGAACAGACUGACAAGCACGUCGCGAUGCCACGUACACAGCAUUAUCAUAUAUUAAAGGGUAUCAGACGUCGCGUGCAUCAGCGUUCGUGCAUAAUUCACGCACGACGCGUGCACGGAAGACCCCGGAGCCGUUUUUCCAAGGCAGCCUCUUGCGUUAUGCUUUCCUGGCUUCGCGGGGGUAUCCUGACUGGAGAACUGAAAAGAAUCGGCCGCGAUCCCAUAAAGGCUUCGAAUGCAUCCGCCGCCCGCUGCCUUCUACCUCGUUACGCGCGCAGAAAUAUCGACGGAGGCGGGGGAGGGGGUGGUAGCUCAAUGUCUACCCAUUCCGCCCUAAGGGUAGAAUUUUUUCCUCCACCUGUGUCUUUGCACCACCCCCGCGGAAGCCGGUCCAUUGGCCUCGCGAAUGCAACGGGUAAUUCCAGCACGAUUCAUCAAAGGUAAAAGCCUGGUGUGAAUAGAGGGGGCCCAGGCGAUGCGCGGGGUUGCGGGAUAGUGGGACGGUACGACGGGCGAAAUGAAAAACGGAACAUCAAAAAUAAAUGCGCGAGGGGAAAAAAGAGGACGUCUACCGGAAACCGUUCUAACGCGCGAAUUGCGGUGUUCUUUGUGCUCGCGUUCGCUGCGCGCAUACGGGGGACGUUUCGUUCUCUUCGUGUUCCUCGUACGGGGGGUAUGUAAAGUGGUUGUGUAAAUGACCAUUAUCUUGUUGCGACCUCCGACAAAUUCUGUGGAAAAGUGGGCGCCGGGAGGUUUCUUUUCUCGUGUGGCUGCUUUGGCACCAGCUGGACGCUUCCAACCUUUUUCACUUGGGCCGAGAGUGGGAAAUAUUUGUGAUUUUUGAGGGAAAAGAAAGUACAAGACGUUCGUUCAUGAUAUGAUCGGUUUUUGCUUGAAAAUGUAUUCCUAUUAACCCAUUCACUGCGAACUACGAGAUGUCUUACUCAAGGGAUAAGCUUAUAGCCUUUUGAGUUACGAAUUGUUGCAAAAGAAGAUCAUAAAUUUACUUUUUAAAACAACAAAUUUAAUAUCACUUUUUAUUAUCAAAAUAAUAAUUUAGAUUACACAUCUGUAUUAAAUCUUGACGUCCAAGGCAAAAUGCUUUUUUGCUUGGGAGUGAAUGGGUUAAUGGUUGCAAACAGUAGUAGCACUCAGAACUUUUCAUUAUUAAUCAUUCACCAUUCAAAUAAUAAGUACCCUACUGUAAUCGACAAUAGAAGCGUACCGAGGACAACAAACUGCACAAAUUGUUCAUUUACAAUAUAACUAUACAAUCGUACGAAUUUGUAAAUGCCAUUCGAGAUAAAGGCAGACCGAGUACUCGUACUUGAAGAUGAAUCGUGUUAAGCUCCACAGUCACAGAAAAAUUGGCAAAAGAACAAAGUGCUUUGCACCACAAUGGCGUCAGCUUUCUGAAUACGGGCUCAUUAAACCGGUGAAACGCAGCCAGCGAUUCUUCUCUGACAGUCAUUGUGGUCGCGAUGCAUCCCUCUCGAAGAAACAAGAGUUGAACUUGGACGAAUGAAAUCACUGCCAUCGAUUCGUACCGAUGAUAAACAUUUAAUGACAGCAAUAGCAUUCAUGUGCGUAUCAUUCUGCGCUGCUGAGAGGUGUAAACGCUCCGUUGUCGAAGAUAACCGACAUUUUCCUGUUUAUUAUCAAGCGAAACGAACCAUAAAAUACAAUUACAAUGCAAGAGGGCGCGAUCGCAGCUCGCGCAGCGACGGUUAAUUCAACCAAUUUUCAUCGUUCCGAACCAAUUACCGAUGAAAUUCAAUUGCGCUCACGCGUAACAAAACCCCGCGAGUGUUGCAGCGUUUCUGGUCUCAUGUAAAUUACUCUGGACUCCUCUUUUUUGCAGCUGUCUGAUCUAGAAUUUCAUUGUUCGUUGCGUUGCAGUAAGAGAGCAUUGUGAGACCAUUGUACAGCACGUAAUAGCUUUUCUCUCGAAUUGCUGCCAACAAAUUCAUUACUGAUGAAAGAAUAAAAAAAUACUCGUGAAGAAAACUGAUGGAAAUACAAAAAAAAAAUGUUAAGUAAGGAGCACUACCAGAUCUUUCCAACAAAAACUCAUUCUUUGCAUUGCCCUAACGCAAAACAGAAAACCCUUUCUUUAAUCAUUACUCCUUUGAAUUCGAGCAACUUCUACACCGUGGCGAAUCCGAUACGACGAGACUGGAACUGGCUCCCGUCCCACUUUUUCCGCUCCUCGAGCAGCAACUUAUCGAGUCGGACAUCCGAGUACAAAGUACUUCAUUUCGCUUCAGCAGGGACAAACGGGGGGCCAAGAUAAUCGGGGAGGAGACUGGUUGGAACAUCGUCGGAAACUUCACCCUGUAAAUACGAAAAACGAACAUUGGAGAACACUGUCGAAACGGCGGACUGUCCAGAGAAGAAAGUAAUAAAGGAGAACUGGCGGUGCACUCUCUGCCGCGUCUCUGUGCAUAGUUGCGUCUCUUAAGUUACGCUGGUUGGGAACUUGCUGACUCGGUUGCGGUGCGUUUAAAUCUUGGCAAUGGGCUUCCAGGGGCUCCGCUAUUUUCCAGGGCCACUUUAUUACCUGGAAUACCGUGGAAGCUCGUUAGGAAAAGCUUCGGCUAGUCGGCGUCCAAACGAUGAUUCAUCCUCGAAUUACCUGGCCACAUCUCUC